CAAAAUGGCGGCGUUUAGAACUGGACUUCGACAUUUAUCUGGGUAUCGACCUUUUUCACCUAGGUCUGCUGAUCGGCAUUUACAGACAGCAUGCCGGAAGUUUUGUUCUCAAUCUCAACAACAGUCUCCCGAGGACGAGUUCCAUGUAAAUCGAUUAGAUGGUGAUAGAAAAGGAAUAGUUGUCUUUUCCAUGAGGAGAUUCAAAUCCAAAAAUGCUAUGGGUAAAAAUAUCAUACAAAGAUUUAUAGACAGUUGUCAAGAAGUAAAACAUGAUAGAAGUAUUAGUGUGAUUAUACUCAGAAGUGAAGUACCUAAUGUUUUCUGUGCUGGGGCAGAUUUAAAAGAAAGAGCUGAAAUGAGUAAUGAAGAAGUUUCAGCAUUUGUACAGAAGUUAAGAUGGAGUGUUACAGAGCUAGCUAAUCUACCAGUGCCUACAAUAGCUGCUAUUGAUGGUUUUGCUCUUGGUGGUGGAUUAGAGAUAUCAUUAGGCUGUGAUAUGAGAGUAGCAGCAAGCAAUGCUAAGAUAGGUUUAAUAGAAACAAGUUUGGCCAUUAUACCUGGAGCAGGAGGAACACAAAGAUUACCGAGAGUUAUUGGACCAUCUUUAGCUAAAGAGUUGAUAUUUACUGCCAGAAGAUUAGAUGGAUUUCAAGCAAGAGAUCUAGGUGUAGUAAAUCAUGCUGUACAACAGAAUGAUAAUGGCGAUGCUGCAUAUCAUAGAGCUUUAGAAUUAGCGGAAGAAAUUUUACCAAAUGGACCAAUAGCUUUGAGAAUGGCAAAACUUGCAGUCAAUAGAGGAAUUGAAGUUGAAUUAGAUUCAGGUUUGAAAUAUGAAGAGGCUUUCUAUGCUCAGAUUAUUCCUACUAAAGAUAGAAUUGAAGGAUUGAAAGCAUUUAAAGAGAAGAGAAGACCGGUGUAUAAAGGACAUUAAUUUUCACAUAGAUUGAAUGUUUUAGUCAAGAGUGAGUGAUUUUGAUUUAACAAGAUCACUAAGAUUAUAAACUGAGUUUCCAGCAUGUGUAUUAAGUAGUGAUGAAUUUGAAGAAAUCUGAUAUUCAGUAGCCUAUUAUAAAAAAAAAUCAAGUAUACAUAAAAUCUUUUUUUAACUGGAAUUUCAGCUAUGGUGUGUAACAUGUUUUGAUAUCAAACUAUAAAAUACAGUGUUAAUAACCCAAAACAACAUGCAGUGUAAAUCACAAAUAAUGUUGUAAGUGUGUUCUCAAGACUUUAUGAAGUAUAAAUUGCAUUUAUCGACCUUUACAUUGUAAGAUUUAUAGAGAAAAGAAGAAAAUGUAUUUGAUUAUUUAUUUAUGAAAUGUACCAGAUAAUAAAGAACUUUCUUCU